AUGAUUAUGACAAAUAUAACCUCAAUGAGUGGAUUCCUCCUCAUGGGAUUUUCUGACAUCCGUGAGCUACAGAUUUUACAUGCUUUGCUAUUUUUAGUGGUGUAUAUACUAACCUUAACAAGUAACCUCAUCAUUAUCAUCAUCACCACAGUGGAUGAGCAUCUCCAAUCCCCAAUGUAUUACUUCUUAAAACAUCUUUCCCUCCUGGAUCUCUCCUUCAUUUCUGUCACAGUUCCCCAGUCUAUUGACAAUUCUCUGAUGGAUAAUGGUUAUAUUUCUCAAGGUCAGUGCAUACUCCAGGUUUUCAUCUUCACAUCUCUGGGUUGGUCUGAGAUGGCCAUUCUCACAGUGAUGUCAUAUGACCGCUAUGCCGCCAUCUGCUUCCCACUGCACUACGAGGUCAUCAUGAAUCCUAGUAAGUGUCAGGGGGCUGUGAUAGCCAUAUGGCUAAGUGGAAGUAUCUCUGGAAUCUCAUACACAGCAACCACAUUCUCCAUCACAUUCUGUAAGGCCAAAAUAAUUCAUCAGUUCUUCUGUGACGUCCCCCAGUUGCUAAAGCUCUCCUGCUCCAAUGAUUACCUUCGAGUGAUUGGAGUUGCAGCUUUCGUAUCUGUGAUAGCAUUCAUUUGCUUCACCUCCAUUGUCCUCUCCUAUAUACACAUCUUCUCCACAGUACUAAGAAUACCCUCUGCUGAGGGCAGAUCCAAGGCCUUCUCUACCUGCCUCCCCCACCUCCUUGUUGUCUUCUUUUAUUUCUCCACAGGUAUGUUUGCUUUUCUAAAACUUAAUUCAGAUUCUCCAACUGCUUUUGACCAUUUAAUUAGUAUUUUUAUAAAUAUCGUAACUGUGGAUAGGGACAAAAACUGA